AUGAGCUCGUCAAGGCCCCGGAACCCAAAGUGCGUCGGCGUUCGUAUGGUCGACCACGUCGAGGGCGCCCUGGAAGAGUUCGACCUGUGGGAGAUGGAGCUGCUUUACAUGGUUGUCCUUCCGACGGCAGAGGUGGUUGGGAAGAUGUAUGCCGAGAACUGCUACGUCGACGUCGACUUUUCGCUCCUCGCCAACGAAAACACGGAGGCGAGACGGGUGUGCUUUGGCAUCGUGUACCGCCUGAUGCUCCAGCAGUUUAUGCUAAACGCUACUGCGGAGCGGGUGUUUUCGAAGCAGACGGACGCGGCCGAGGAGCUCAAGAAGCGCGAUGACUACACCAAGCGGCUGACGGAAGACUACGAGCGGCUCAAGAGGGAGUUUCGUAGAUAUUACGCGUACAGGGUGAUUGGGACGGAAGCGCACAGGGGAUUCCGCGUGGCCGCCGUAGAGAUUGAGGCGGCUUGGAUGAAGGGGGUACGGGGAAAGUACGCCGACCUUGAUCUCGUGAAUGAGAUUGUGUGGCUUGACGUUUGA